CAAUACUACGAAAACGAGACCUAGGCUUACGUCUCCCACGUAAUAACACACAUACACAUUUAUAUAUAUUUAUAUAUCUUUAAAAAAAAAAAAAAAUUGUGAUUCAAGCAUACAGACUUGAAUAUGCUGGUUAGGUUGAGUGUAUCGUGGUAUAUCGAGUCAGUUUGUGGCCCCCCCGCCCAGCCAUUUAAUUUUCCUUAUAUGUAUGUACUCGGGACUAUCUUCAAUAUUUUUCACUAUUAGUCAAGCCAAAAAUUUGAAGCCAACUCAUGUUAAAUAAAAAAUAAAUUUCCUGUCUAUUGUUUGAGUAAGAAUACAAAAAGAUUAUACAUAUAUAUAUCUAAAGAAAAAAAAGAUUAAUAAAAAAAAGAUAAAAAGAACAACUCAUCAAGCCUCUCCCUCAUAAAAAAAAAAAAAAAAAAACGAACGAAGAAACGACACGAAGUUAUAUUCAAUAUCAGACAUCAAACUGGCUUUGUGCAUAAAUGCAACAACCAUUGAGUAAAUUAGUGUACAUUAACAAAUUAAAUUUUUUUAUUAAAUUCAGUGUUUAAAUAUGUGAUUGUGAGCCUCACGAAAUUGCAGUGAAAAAAAAAUAAAAACCAAAACUAAUUAAAUUAUAAAAAAAGAUUUAAGAAAAAAAAAAAAAAAAUCUGGGUGGGCUAUUGUGGAGCAAUACGUGUGUGAGAAUUUAGUCAAGAAAAAAAAAAUAAUAAUAUAUAUUAAUAUUAUUUGUUUUGUUUUUUAAAAAUAAUAAUAUAAAUAAAAAAAAUCAAUAAUGUUUCAUCAUGAGUUUGCAAAAAGGUUGCCAAAGCCCUGCAAUGAGGUCAGAUGGGAUACACCAAAUAUACAACCAACAAUGCCAACAAUAUCAUCAUCAUCACCAUCAUCAUCAACAUAUCACCAGCACCAGCACCACCAUCAUCAUCAUCAUCAUCAUCACCAAUCACCAACAAAAUCAAAUAAUAGUUUUGACAGAUUUAUACCAACACGUUUUGGUAAUCAAUGGGAAACAACAUUUGCAAUGAUUAGUGAAAAUAAUCGUAAUGGUAUUGUACAAAAAAAAAGUCGUGAAAAUGGUGAAGGUAGUCGUGAUGGUAUUGCAUAUUCAAGUUUAUUAAAAAAUGAAUUAUUGGGAGCAAAUAUUGAAGAUGUUAAAAGUCAAUCAGAAGAACGUGGAACAGGAAAUAUAUUACAGGGUAAAAAUUUAUUUAAAUAUACAACACCAACAAAAGAUAAAUCAUAUCUUGAUCAUAGUUCAUCAUAUUCAUUAUCACCAUUGAGUGCUAAAAGUCAAAAAUUAUUACGUUCACCACGUAAAACAACACGUAAAAUAUCAAGAAUACCAUUUAAAGUACUUGAUGCACCAGAAUUACAAGAUGAUUUUUAUUUAAAUUUAGUUGAUUGGUCAUCACAAAAUGUAUUAUCUGUUGGUCUUGGUAGUUGUGUUUAUUUAUGGUCAGCUUGUACAAGUCAAGUUACAAGAUUAUGUGAUUUAUCUGGUGAUGGAAAUAGUGUAACAUCAGUUGCAUGGAAUGAAAGAGGUAAUCUUGUUGCUGUUGGUACACAUCUUGGUUAUAUACAAAUAUGGGAUGUUGCUGUUAAUAAACAAGUUGCUAAAUUACAAGGACAUAAUGCUAGAGUUGGUGCACUUGCAUGGAAUGGUGAAGUAUUAUCAUCUGGUAGUCGUGAUAGAUUAAUAUUACAACGUGAUGUUAGAACACCAUGUAUUGUUGGUGAACGUAGACUUGGUGCACAUCGUCAAGAAGUAUGUGGAUUAAAAUGGUCACCAGAUAAUCAAUAUUUAGCAUCUGGUGGUAAUGAUAAUCGUUUAUAUGUAUGGAAUUUACAUUCAUUAUCACCAGUACAAACAUAUACUGAACAUCUUGCUGCUGUUAAAGCAAUUGCAUGGUCACCACAUCAUCAUGGAUUACUGGCAUCUGGUGGUGGUACUGCUGAUCGUUGUAUACGUUUUUGGAAUACAUUAACUGGACAACCAAUGCAAUGUGUUGAUACUGGAUCACAAGUUUGUAAUUUAGCUUGGUCAAAACAUUCAUCUGAACUUGUUAGUACACAUGGUUAUUCACAAAAUCAAAUACUCGUAUGGAAAUAUCCAAGUUUAACACAAGUUGCUAAAUUAACUGGUCAUUCAUAUAGAGUAUUGUAUUUAGCAAUGUCACCAGAUGGUGAAGCUAUUGUUACUGGUGCUGGUGAUGAAACACUUAGAUUUUGGAAUGUAUUCAGCAAAGCCAGGAGUCAAAAAGAAAACAAGUCUGGUCUUAAUCUCUUCACAUCCAUUCGAUAAAUCAUCCUUCCAUUUUUAACAUUAUUAUUAUCAUUAUAAUUAUUAUUUUAUAUUAAAAUAUAUUAUAUUAUUAUUAUCAUUAUUAUUAUUAUUAUUAUUUUGGGGUGGGGGGAAAUAUAUUGAUGAUAAUAAUCUUGAAUUAUCAUUUAUAUUAUUAUUUUUUGAAAUUAAUUUUUUUUUUUGUACAUAAGGCAUAUUAAUGCCUAUCCGUGCAAUAGCCAACUACGUCAAGGGUUCAGAUAUAUACUAUAUUUUAACGAAAAUUAUAAAAGGCUGUUUUUUUUUUUUUUUUUUCUAUUUUUUUUUUUCUUUUUUGUUUUUGAGGGUAAUUUUUUUUGUUUUUGUAAAGUAUUUUUUACUUUCUAAUGAAAUAAAUUAUAUAUAUUUUUUGUUUGCGACAAUUUCGUUUUUUUUCAGUUGAAUCGGGUCAAAGUCAUUUGUACAAAUAUAGACAACGUGGAUUGAUAUGAUUAUACAUUAUUUAUAGAAAAUAUAAAUACAAAAAAAAAGAAAGAAAAAUAAAAAAAUAAGAAAAUAUGAAAUGAAACAAUAUAUAGAUAUUUACGAAUAUAUAAAUGAAAUAAAAUAAAAAAACAAAUAUAUAUUAUAUAUAAAUAUUAUAAAUAAUGAUUACUAACAAAUAUUGUUUGUGUGUGUUGAGUGUGUGUGGGUGUGUGUGAGUGUAUGUGUAAAUUUAUCUUGGAGAUAAAAAAACUAAUAAUGAAAAUAAAAAUUUUUUGUCAGUUGAUUCUGACAGUGCAAUUUUGCUGAGGACAAAAUUGAAAGUGAAAUUUAAAAAAAAAGAAAAAACAAAAAAAAAACCAAUUUUAUAAUCUUAAAAUUAAGGGUGAAUGAUAAUCAUGUUUCACUUGACUCAUAAAAUUUAAAUUUUUUUUUUAAUUUUUUUUUUCAGUCCAAGUGAUUUAUCAUUUUUUUUGGUUGUUUUGUAACGUACUGUGUAACAUUUAAUAAUUUUUUUUUGUAGACUUUUUUUCGUCGUUGAUUAGGAGCAGAUAAAAAAAAAUUAGAUUUAUUAGCUUUCUCCAUAUAUUUUUUUUUUUUGUUGAGAUAACGAUUAUAUAUAUAGAUAACACAAUUGUAUUGCACUCCUUCAAAAAAGGAAAUUUAACUGUUGAGCAGCACUUAUCGCUCAUUACACAAAGGGAAAAACAAAUAAAAUGUUUGGGAAAUUAGUAAACUAUAUAAAAUGACAAAAUAAAAAAAACAUAACAAUGGGUAACAGGCA